AUGAGCUGUGGGAGUUUCCGCUUCGGGCAGUCCUCCUGUCGAGCCAGCAGGAACACAGUGAGCGGCUACUUCCUCGCGGGCCGGGACAUGACUUGGUGGCCGAUCGGAGCCUCCCUCUUUGCCAGCAGCGAGGGUUCCGGCCUCUUCAUUGGACUGGCCGGCUCAGGCGCAGCUGGAGGCCUGGCUGUGGCAGGUUUUGAGUGGAAUGCCACCUACGUGCUGCUGGCCCUAGCGUGGGUUUUUGUGCCUAUCUACAUCUCCUCGGAGAUCGUCACCAUGCCUGAGUACAUCCAGAAGCGCUAUGGAGGCCAGAGGAUGCGCAUGUACCUGUCUGUCCUGUCCCUGCUGCUGUCUGUCUUCACCAAGAUAUCGGUGAGCCGCCCCCACUCAGCUUCUAGCCAGCAGAGCCUGGGCACAUCCCACUCUGGAGGCCCCCCAAACAGACCUGACAUCCUCUCACCCUUGUUUAACAUCUGGGGAAACUGAGGCCCAAAGAGGGACAAUGACUUGCCUAGGGUCACACAGAGAGUUUGUGACAACUGGUCCAGCGCCCCCAGAGUGUAGGCUCAGCAGCCAGCAUAGUUGGGGGACGAGUGUAGGUUCUGUGACUCCUGGUUCACCGCAGGUGCUA